AUGAUGAGGACGAUAAGGAGGGCAACGAGGAGUAUGAAAUCUUCAAAAGAAAAAGUUGAAACGGACGGCAGCGGUUCGGCAACGUCUUCUUCCCAGAGCUUGACCCGGCAGCUGAGCACGUCGAACCCGGAGCUAAACUGCAAGGACUCAAAUCACCGCCGCACGAAUUCAUACCCAACGCGCUCCUCAAGACCCACGCCACCAGCUAGGGACCCUCGCCACCACCAAAUGCCCAGAAAUUUACAUAAAGAAUCGCUCGACAACGAAAGUACGCAAUUUAAAGACGCAAAGGAUUACGUGGAAAGAAGCACGCAAACAGAGAAUACGUUGGUUCUGCCCAAGCCGAUGUUUUCAAAGAAGGAACUAAAGAUGCCCUACUUUUGCUGCUUGUACUUGCUAAUCGGGUUCAACUGCUGCGCUUUUGCUCACAGGAUAUCCCAAACGACCGUUAUUCAUCUAAUUGCGGAUGCUGUUUUCGGGCUAGCAGUUGCCGUUUUUCUUCGCAGAUUCGUCGGAUUGAAUCUUUUUAAAAUUCAAGACAAAGUUACAGAAAGAGCUAUUUUGACCAUGGUUACUCAGAUACGCAUCGCGUAUUAUUUCAUCGCGGGUGGGUUGGUCUACGACUGGAGUUUAUUCCUGUUUGUCCUGUCUGUCUGCAUUCUCUUUCUCGACUAUGUGCCAAAAUCGUGGCAGAAAAUUGUGCUCCCCUUCGAGCUCAAAACGGAAUGA